AUGUCUUUUGUUCGUCCACUCCUAAAAGUCUGUCCAGGACGCGUCCCCCGUCGCGCAUUUAACCUGCAGCGAGUGGCGACGAUAUGCACCUCGCGCCCUGCCUUUGCCGUUGCGCAGGCUGCAGUAGGCGACUAUACACCUGAACCAGACGAACACGUCCUCAGCUCACCUUCUGCACUCGCCCGCAAGAUUUCGGCGCGCGUGCUCCCAAAACUCAAGAGGCCAGACGUCCGCAAAGUCGUUCUCGUCGGCUCGGGCGGUCUCUCCAUCGGACAAGCGGGAGAGUUCGACUAUUCAGGCUCUCAGGCGCUCAAGGCGCUCCGCGAGGAAGGUGUCGACGCGGUCCUUAUCAACCCCAACAUUGCGACAUGGCAGACGUCGCAUCAGCUCGCCUCUGAGGUUUAUUUUCUACCCAUCACAGUUGACUAUGUCGCCUACGUCCUCGAAAAAGAACGCCCCGAUGGUGUUCUGCUCACGUUUGGUGGGCAAAGUGCCCUCAAUGUCGGAAUCGAGCUCGACAGGAUGGGCGUGCUUGAACGGCUCGGUAUUCAAGUCUUGGGGACACCGAUUCGCACGCUCGAAGUUAGCGAAGACAGAGAUCUGUUCGUGCAGGCCCUGAAUGAAAUUGAUAUUCCCGUCGCUGUGUCGACUGCAGUCACCUCUGUCAAUGAUGCCCUCAAGGCUGCAGAGGAAAUCGGCUAUCCGGUCAUUUUACGAUCGGCCUUUACCCUCGGUGGCCUGGGCAGUGGCUUUGCCAACGACCCCGACGAACUCCGUGAUCUGUCUGCAAAGAGCUUGAGCUUGAGUCCUCAGGUUCUUAUCGAGCGCAGUAUGAAGGGCUGGAAAGAGCUCGAAUACGAAGUCGUCCGAGACGGUGCCGAUAACACCAUUAUUUGCUGUAACAUGGAAAACUUUGACCCUCUGGGCACACACACUGGUGACUCCAUCGUCGUCGCCCCGUCUCAGACGCUUCCCGAUGACGAGUACCAUAUGCUUCGAACAGCUGCGCUCAAGGUCAUUCGUCAUCUCGGAGUUGUCGGAGAAUGCAACAUCCAAUACGCUCUGAAUCCGACCUCGAAAGAGUACAGGGUCAUCGAAGUCAACGCUCGUCUCUCCCGUUCUAGUGCCCUCGCUUCAAAGGCGACCGGUUAUCCUCUGGCGUACACUGCUGCCAAGAUUGCUCUUGGACACACUCUUCCCGAGCUCCCCAAUGCAGUCACGAAAAGCACCACGGCGUGCUUCGAGCCAUCACUAGACUACAUCGUCACCAAGAUUCCCAAAUGGGAUCUUGCAAAGUUCUCUGGCCAGGUCAACCGAGAGGUUGGCUCCGCCAUGAAGUCGGUUGGAGAAGUCAUGGCUAUUGGUCGAACAUUUGAAGAGAGCUUGCAAAAAGCCAUUCGACAGGUAGACCCUCGAUAUACUGGCUUUGAAGCCUACGUCACCCCAGAAGACUUGGAUCGUGCCUUGACUCGGCCGACGGACACGAGGUUGUUCGCCAUUGCCUACGCUAUGUACAACAAAGGUUACACCGUCGACAAGAUUCAUGACCUUACCAAAAUUGACAAGUGGUUCCUUCAUAAAAUUGACAACAUCGUGCAAACACACCAUGCCAUUCGAGAUGCUGGUUCUGUCGCUGCCAUCGACGAAACGUUGAUGCGUCGCGCCAAGCAAAUGGGCUUUUCCGAUAUCCAGAUUGCGGAUUUGAUCAAGGACUCGGAGGACGCAGUGCGCGCCCAUCGUAAAUCACUUGGAAUCACGCCGUUUGUCAAGCGAAUCGACACGCUUGCCGCUGAAUAUCCUGCGACCACAAACUAUCUUUACACUACCUACAACGCGAGCGAGCACGACCUCGACUUUAACGAUCAGGGUACGAUGGUUCUCGGCAGCGGUGUUUACCGUAUCGGAUCCUCUGUCGAGUUCGACUGGUGCGCUGUUACAUGUGCUCGACAACUCCGAGAUAUGGGCAAGAAGACGGUUAUGGUCAACUACAAUCCAGAAACGGUGUCAACCGACUUUGACGAGGCUGACCGUCUCUACUUUGAAGAGCUGGGCUGGGAGCGUGUCAUGGACAUCUACGAGCUCGAGCAGGCUGAGGGUGUCAUUGUCAGCGUGGGUGGUCAGCUACCGCAAAACAUUGCGCUCCGCCUCAAGCAAACUGGUGUCAACGUCCUUGGUACGGAUCCAGAGCAAAUUGACCGAGCCGAGGAUCGUCACAAGUUUUCUGCCAUUCUGGACAGUGUUGGUGUCGAUCAGCCAGACUGGGCUGAAGUCGCUACCGUUGACGAAGCCAAGGCAUUUGCGAACCGAGUUGGUUAUCCCGUUCUCCUUCGUCCUUCCUACGUCCUUUCCGGUGCCGCCAUGAACGUCGUUUGGGAAGAAUCAGAUCUCGAGUACAAGCUCUCUGCGGCCGCGUCCGUUUCGCCCAAGCACCCGGUUGUUAUCACCAAGUUUAUUGACAAUGCCCAAGAGAUUGACGUUGAUGGUGUCGCCUACAAGGGCGAACUCCUCGUUCAUGCUGUCUCGGAGCAUGUCGAGAAUGCUGGUGUGCACUCAGGAGACGCCACGCUUGUCCUUCCACCAUUCAGCUUGGAUGAAUCCGACAUGGCCCGACUCAAGGAGAUUGCCCAAAAGGUCGCCAAGGCUCUCGAGAUCUCUGGUCCCUUUAACAUGCAGAUCAUCAAGAAGCCUGCUGAAGGUAGUGCUGGACCAGAACUUAAGGUCAUCGAGUGCAACCUCCGCGCUUCUCGUAGCUUCCCCUUCGUCUCCAAGGUCCUUGGCCACAACUUUAUCGAUACUGCUGCGGCUGCCAUCACCGGUGUCAAUGUACCUGAGCCAGUAGAUCUUAUGGCACAACCGAGGGAUUACACCUCUAUCAAGGUUGCACAGUUCUCAUGGACUCGUCUGGGAGGAGCAGAUCCUUUCCUCGGCGUUGAAAUGGCUAGUACUGGUGAGGUUGCCAGCUUUGGUCGGGAUGUUCAUGAGGCAUAUUGGGCCGCUCUGCAAAGCACGACUGGUUUCAAGCUCCCCUCAAAGGGCUCCGGCGUUCUCAUCGGUGGCGAUAUUACCAAGCCAGAGAUGAAGACGAUUGCAAAGAGCUUGAUUGAUAUGGGCUUCAAGCUCUAUUGCUCGUCGACCGAAGUCGAAGACUUUUUGAACGGUCUUCCCUACGUCGGCGUCAAGAAGAUUUUCUUCCCCCUUCGCGACAAGCGCAAGCUCCGAGAGGUGUUUGACGAGUAUGAGAUUCAGACGGUCAUCAAUCUCGCCCGAAGCCGAGCUAAGGACGCGACUGAUGAAGACUAUGUCGCUCGCCGAAACGCCGUCGACUUUGGUCUCCCACUUCUCAACAACCCCCGAACCGCCCAACUCUUCGUGGAGAGUUUGGAGCGCAAGAUCCCCCAAGGUGGGCUUCGCAAGUACUCUGAAGGAAGAAUACCUUCAGAGGUCAAGUCUUGGCGCGAGUUUAUUGGGAAGAGGGUGUAA